AUGGAUGUACUGUCAGAACAAGGCGAUGUAGGUCCAUGUGUUGCAGAUGGUCCUGGUGCUGUGGCUGGGCGGGGCGCAGCGGAUGGUCCUGGUGCUGCGAAAGGGCGGGGCGCCGCGGAUGGUCCUGGUGCUGCGGAUGGGCGGGGCGCAGCGGAUGGUCCUCCUGCUGCGGAUGGUCCCGGUGCUGCAGAUGGGCAGGGCGCAACGGAUGAUGCGGGUGCUGCGGAUGGGCGGGGCGCAGCCGAUGGUCCUGGUGCUGCGGAUGUGCCGGGAGCAGCGGAUGGUGCUGGUGCUGCAGAUGGGCGGGGCGAAAUGGAUUGUCCUGGUGCUGCGGAUGGGCUGGGCGGACCGGACUGUGCAGGUGCUGUGGAUGGGCGGGCCGCUGUGGAUGGUCCAGGACCGUAG